CGACCCGGCCGAGGGCGACUCUUACUGGAUGUUCCUGACUCGACGUGCGCGUCCGGACCCGAGGCUGACUGUGGGGGAAAAGCCACUGAGAAGCGAAUGAAGAAAUAUCUAAUCUUUCACUUCACAUACAGAGGACUUCUCACGAAAGGCAAGAAGAGUAAAAGGAGAAAAUGGAGUAUACGCUGCGAAAGGCUGAACCAAGGGACGUGUCUGAUAUAUUACGACUGGUGAAGGAACUUGCUAAAUACGAGGAGAUGGAGCACCAGGUGAGACUGACCGAAAAAGAUCUCCUUGAAGAUGGUUUUGGUGAAACCCCGUUUUACCAUUGCAUCAUCGCUGAAACCCAAGAGAAAGGUGGAGAUGGUCUGAAGGUGGUGGGUUUCGCUAUGUACUACUUUACUUAUGACCCCUGGGUUGGCAAACAGCUCUACCUGGAGGAGUUCUACGUGAUGGAUGAGUACAGAGGACUGGGCAUCGGCUCCGAUAUCCUGCGGCACCUCAGUGAUCUGGCGAUGAAGACGCGCUGCUCCGGCAUGAUGUUUGUGGUGGCGGAGAACAACGAGUCGUCCGUCAAUUUCUACAAGGGGCGCGGUGCCGAGGACCUCUCCCAGGAGGAAGGCUGGAGGCUGUUCCGGUUCGAUAAGGACAGCCUCGUCAAGAUGGCCACUCCGGCUGAGGAAUGACGGAAGGCGAGCGGAGCAGAGGAGGGAGACGAGGACACCUGAGGAGGGCGUGUCCGGCUCCUCUGCUGGCCUCCACGCAGACGAGGGUUCCUUUUAACAAGUUCAGCUUUUAAAAAGGGGAAAUCUGUUUCACUAUAACAAGGUUGUGUGUUUUAGUUCGCGUGUGUUGCUUAAUCACGUUUCUAAUGUUUUACGCUGAAUAGCUGUAUAUGUGUUUAUUCUUACCUUCCAUUGAUCAUUCUUUGUUAGUGCUGAUGCAUUUGAUGUGCAGGGAAGACUUUCCAUGACUUUACAAUAAAACUAUAACCGAUCCCA